AUGUCUCGAAUAGAAGGAAAAUACACCAAUUACAAAAAUGAGAAUUUGGACGAAUACUUCAAAGGAUUAGGGGUGCCCUAUGUGCCAAGGAAAAUGAUGUGCGCUUCACAUCCAUCACUGGAAAUAUCGAAAGAGGAAAACGCAUUUGUCGUCACUGUAUCUUCUUUAAUGAGAACUUCUGUUUCUAAAUUCAAACUUGGAGAGGACUAUGAAGAGGAAAUGCCCGGAGGAACGUUAAAAAACAUCACUACAUUGGAGGGUGACAACAAAAUGAUAACCAAAUCAGUUGGACCUGGCGAAGUCAAAUCAACACGUGAAUACGAUUUCAAAGAUGAUGAAUGCAUUAUUACUUACACCACCGACAAAACUCCAGCAAUUGCCAAGCGAUAUUAUAAAAAAAACUGA